CAUAUUUCUCCAGUAUCAGCUGCUGGAUGGAGCUCAGGAUUUUAUAUAGAUGGAAUCGGCGUCGUAGCCCCGCCCACCUACGCUGAUACGCCAUGGCGUCAGAAGCAGAGAACAUGGCGGCUGUGCUGAAGGCGGAAGGGGGACAGUUCCGCUGGACCUCCGUCCUCUGAGACCCAUCCUGUAUGGACCCGUCGCCAUGAGCAACAAGGAGAUGGUUUCCACGGAGACAGAGAAUAAAGGCCAGAGGAAGGUGUUCCUCCCCAACAAGCUGCUGGACUGUCUGCCCCGCUCCGCCUGCCUGCCUAACGAGCGCCUCCGCUGGAACACUAACGAGGAGAUCGCCUCCUAUCUGAUUUCCUUCGACAGACAUGAGGAGUGGCUCUCCGUCAGCCUGAAGACCAGGCCGAAGAACGGCAGCAUCAUCCUCUACAACAGGAAGAAGGUGAAGUACAGGAAGGACGGCUACUGCUGGAAGAAGAGGAAGGAUGGGAAGACCACCAGGGAGGAUCACAUGAAGCUGAAGGUCCAGGGCAUGGAGUGCCUCUACGGCUGCUACGUCCAUUCCUCCAUCGUUCCCACAUUCCACAGACGGUGCUACUGGCUGCUGCAGAACCCGGACAUCGUGCUGGUCCACUACCUGAACGUGCCGUCACCAGAGGAUUCUGGGAAAAGCAGCCCGCUGCUGUGCACGGUGUCUGAGCGCCAUGAUGCCCUGAGGUGGAGCCGGGACGACCUGCUGAGCCAGCUGAAGCCCAUGUUCCACAGCAUCAAGUGCUCCAUGGGUUCUGGAGACUUCAGCAUCGAGGAGCUGGUUCAGCACAUCCUGGACCGCCAGAGGAGCAAACCGCAGCCCAGAACCCACACCUGCCUCUGCAGCACCAGUCAGGUGUCCUCAGGGGUGAACAUUCCCCACCACUGCAACUGCACCAAGCACCGCAUCAUCUCCCCCAAGCUGCCGCCGUCCUGCAGGGCCGCAGAGUCACCGCUGUCCUCUGAGACGGGGGAGACAGGCAGGGGGGGAGGAGGGGGAGACGGCAAGCUGCCUCACCUGCAGGCUCAGAGCAGCCCGGCUUCUUCUCCCAGUCCUUCGUCCACGUCCGGCUCCUCCCCACCUCCCGCCCGGGGGGCAGCCAUCACCAUGGGUAACCGUGGUAACGGUUUCUACAACAGCCGCUGCAGUAACCUGGCCACCGUAUCUCUGCCUCAGAAUGCUGUCAUCGUCAUGGCGACCGCCGCCGCCAUCCCAGGAGGAGGGGCUCCGUCCGAGGAGGCGGGGCAAAGGAGCAGCUUUGGCCCGCUGCUGCUCUCCCCUCCCUCCUCACUUUCCCCUCCUUCCUCCCUCUCCUCCCUCUCUACCUCCCCGUCUUCCUCCUCCUCUUCCUCCCCCCCCUCAUCCGGCCCCCCUCCCUCCGUUGCCUCCUCUGCCUCCCCCCCCUCAUCCGGCCCCCCUCCCUCCGUUGCCCUGUCCCUUUCUCCCACCUCCUCUGUGGCCCCGCCCAUCCUCCCCCUCUGCCUGGAGCUCGGGGCUCUGGGGGAGGCGGAAGGAGUGAAGGAGGAGUCUGGGUGUGAAGAAGAGGAGCUGAAGCAUCAGAUCACUGAUGACGAUGAUGAUGAUGAUGAUGAAGGCAGUGCCCCGCCCACCAAGCUGGUUCUGCUCCAGACAGACCACGCCCCUUCCACUGCGUCUCCUAGGCAACACAAGGACAGAAGCUCCGCCUCCCUGCACCUGGAUGCUCCAGAUAAUCAGUCCACCAAUCACGUGCAGGGACAGCAGCCAUUGGUCCUGCCUGUGCCUGAAGCUCCGCCCCCUGCUGAGAUUUCCCAUCAUGCCCUGGACCUGCCGUCGGUGUUCCCCACCAAGGCCGACGCGUCGUCCUUCACUGGUUCCGACCUGAGCGCGGUAGCCAUGGACACCGCCUCCAUAGCAACAGCCCCAGUGAAAGAGGAGAGGAGGCGGAGCUACGACUCAGAAGAAACCCACAUGGAGGCGGAGCCUAGAGGGGAAGAGCUGGACAUCUCCUUAGACCUGAUCUCUGACCUCAUCACAGAGGAGGCGGGACCAGCAGAGGCCCCGCCCCCUCCAGCAGCGUCCGGCCCGGCCGUGUUCCCCACCGGGGUCCGAUACGUGGUCCCGCCGCAGCCCUCCCCCUCCUCCUCCUUCCUGCCCUUCCCCCACCCGCUGCCCUCCUCCUCCUCCCGCCGCCUGGCCUCCAUCACAGACUUCUCCCCAGAGUGGUCCUACCCAGAGGGUGGAGUGAAGGUUCUGAUCACCGGGCCCUGGAGCGAGCCUUCGGGUCGGUACUGGUGUGUGUUUGAUCAGAACACCGUCCCUGCUACCCUGAUCCAACCCGGAGUUCUGCGGUGCUACUGUCCAGCCCACGAGGCGGGUCUGGUGUGUCUGCAGGUUCUGGAUUCUGGAGGUUCUGUGUCGUCGUCGGUUCUGUUCGAGUACAGAGCGAGGAACGCCAGCUCUCUGCCCAGCUCCCAGCUAGACUGGCUCUCAUUGGACGAUAAUCAGUUCAGGAUGUCCAUCCUGGAGCGGCUGGAGCAGAUGGAGCGCCGGAUGGCGGAGAUGGCGGCUCGAGACAGCACCCACCUUCAUCAUCAUCAUCAUCAUCAUCAGCAGAGUGGGAACCAGCUGGCCACGCCCCCUCCUCCUCCUCUACCUGAGGACCACCAGCAGUCCCCUCAGUGGUUCGAGAGGAGGAUCGUCGCCGUCUGUGAGCGGAUGAUGAGAGGAGCGCGAUGGGGAGGAGGAGGAGGAGAGCGUCUUCAUCACCCGGUCCGCCACCGUGGGAUGACUCUGCUCCACCUGGCUGCUGCUCAGGGAUACACCCACCUGAUCCACACCCUGAUCCACUGGAGAAGCGUUAUCGGCGACAGUUUGGACCUGGAGCAGGAAGUGGACCCUCUGAAUGUCGACCAUUUCUCCUGCACGCCGCUGAUGUGGGCGUGUGCUCUGGGCCACCAGAGGGCAGCGGAGCUCCUGUACAGGUGGAACAGUCGGGCUCUAGGGAUCCCGGACUCGCUGGGCCGCCUGCCGCUGGCUGUGGCGCGCUCCAGGGGUCACACACGCCUCGCCGCUGCCCUGGAGGAGCUGCACACACAGCGCGCUCAGCUGGCUCCCAGGGAAGACACUCUGCCAUCUCCUCUGUCCACCAGCCCAGAUACAGGUCUCAGCUCCUCAAGCAGUCUCCCCUCCCCCAGCGACCCUUCCUCUCCUUCUCCUAGCUCCGCCUACUCCAGUGGCCCCGCCCCCAUGGACACCUCCCCCUCAUCGCCCUCAUCCCUCUCCUCUUCCUCGCUGAUAGUGUCUCCCCCCUCCCUUCCUGCCGUAUCUCUGUGGAGGGAGGAGCCUAACGCUGCCUUCAGUCCAGGUUUGACGGCCGGCGGCUCCAGAGACGCCUCCCUGUACCUCAUGGACUAUGAGAACGCCCCGCCCACUGACACGGCGGGUGGACAGCAGCAGCAGGAGGCGACGCUGGAGGAGCAGUUGCUUAGCUACAGCGAGAACGCCGAGAAUGAAGGAGAAGAGGGGUACCUGGAUGAGGAGGUGCUUCAGGUUGACAUGGCAACACUAGCGGAUCAGAUCAUCGAGGCGACUCCAGAGCGAAUCAAACAGGAGGAUUUCCCAAGGGGGGCGGAGUCUCCGCUCAGAGAGAGGCAGGACAACCCGGCCAUCCAGGACACCUGGCUGGCUGCCUACCUGGAGACGGUGGACUCUCAGCCCCACUCCCCUCCCAGACGGGUGUGCCCCCCCUCGCCCCUCAGUGCACUGGCCCUCCAGAGGCUCCGCCCCCCUUCCUCUGCGGCCUGGGCAGAGUUCCUGAAUGCCUCGGCCAAUGGGAAGAUUGAGAGAGACUUUGCUCUUCUGACGCUGACGGACGGCGAGCAGAGAGAGCUGUACGAGGCGGCCAGGAUCAUCCAGAACGCCUUCAGGAGAUACAAGGGCCGCAGGCUGAAGGAGCAGCAGGACAUGGCGGCAGCCGUCAUCCAGAGAUGCUACAGGAAGUACAAACAGCUAACAUGGAUAGCUCUGAAGUACGCGCUCUACAAGAAGAUGACCCAGGCAGCCAUCUUGAUCCAGUCCAAGUUCCGGUCCUACUACGAGCAGAAACGUUUCCAGCAGAGCCGGCGAGCGGCCGUCCUCAUCCAGCAGUACUACCGCAGCUACAAGGAGUACGAGAAGCUGAAGCAGGCGCCCAGAGGGGGCGCCACCCACAACCCCAAGAUCAAGGGGUCGUUCCUGACUAAGAAGCAGGACCAGGCAGCCAGGAAGAUCAUGAGGUUCCUGCGGCGCUGCAGACACAGGAUUAAGGAGCUGAAACAGACGAGGGAGCUGGAGAGGAGAGGACUGACCACAUAGAGCCUCCAGAGAGAGACGACAGGAGGACAGAGGGAUGCAGGAGGGACAGAGGACAGACAGGGGAUGAUGGACAGAUGGACUCAGAGAUGUCUCUCCUUCCUCCAACUCAUCAUCCCUCUGUGGACUGUUUGUCUGCAGCUUGAUAAGCUCCGCCCACUAAGGUGGUGCUCCUCCUCCUCCUCCUCCAGGAGGUGAACCCAUCUGCUCUCUGACUGUAGAACCAGGACCACCUGCUGGCUGGAGGCUCUCAGAGCGCAGAUGGUCCAUCAGAUUAACUCCUGGCUCCACGUCUGGAUUCCUUUAGUGACGUUUCUAAUGACAGGCUGCUGAGCUCCAAUCAGAGCUCCAGGAAACAUCUGCAUGUCUCCACCAGGCCUCCCAGUCUGUCUGGAUCAGUGAGAGACUGGGAGGCUGAGCAGACCAGCUCAGAUCCAGACAGAACCAAUGGUCUGAAUGGUUCAGUGGAGCUCAGAGAUCUUCUCUAUGGAUCAAGAAGUGGAGAAACACGGAGAAGCAGAGAUGUUCUGAGGAUGGACACCUUGGAUCUAUUACAGCAUGAACUGUUGUUGUCAGCGUGGAAAGGGUUGUUUGUUUGUGUGUUUGCAGCACUGACUGAAGUCUUAACCUCCUCCUCAGUUGGACCUGAAAUCUAAAUGUUCCUUUCCUCAGCUUUGCAGGAGUUUGUGUCUGAAACCCUGAGAUAUUUGGUUCUGACAAUAAAUCAGCCGUUUACUCUUCAUCUGUUUAUUUCUAAAGCAGAAAUGAACAAUACAUGCUUUACACAGACUGUUUAUUCAGAUCCUUUGGUAAAAUUAAAGGUUGAAAAGUU